AUGAGUGGAGGAGGGGAUCAGCCUGACAUCCUCAGUGUGGGAAUAUUGGUCAAAGAAAGAUGGAAGGUGUUGAGGAAAAUAGGAGGUGGAGGAUUUGGAGAAAUUUACGAUGCACUGGACUUGCUUACUCGGGAAAAUGUUGCACUGAAGGUCGAAUCAGCUCAGCAGCCAAAGCAAGUGCUGAAAAUGGAAGUAGCUGUGUUGAAGAAGCUGCAAGGAAAAGAUCAUGUCUGUAGAUUCAUAGGAUGUGGACGGAAUGACAGAUUUAACUAUGUGGUCAUGCAGUUGCAGGGUCGGAACUUGGCAGACCUUCGUCGUAGCCAAUCUCGAGGGACGUUCACCAUUAGUACCACUCUGCGGCUUGGGAAGCAGAUUUUGGAAUCUAUUGAAAGUAUUCAUUCUGUGGGAUUCCUGCACAGGGACAUAAAACCAUCAAACUUCGCAAUGGGACGUUUUCCAAGCACCUGUAGGAAGUGUUUUAUGCUGGAUUUCGGCUUAGCACGGCAAUUUACCAACUCAUGUGGGGAUGUCAGACCACCACGAGCUGUUGCUGGUUUUCGAGGAACGGUACGAUACGCAUCAAUCAACGCGCAUAGAAACAGAGAAAUGGGUCGGCAUGAUGACCUCUGGUCUCUCUUCUACAUGUUGGUGGAAUUUGUGGUUGGGCAGCUGCCUUGGAGAAAAAUAAAAGAUAAGGAGCAAGUGGGCUCCAUUAAAGAAAGGUACGAACACAGACUUAUGUUGAAACAUCUUCCUCAAGAAUUCAACGUUUUUCUGGAUCAUAUUUCUAAUUUGGAUUACUUCACAAAGCCUGAUUACCAGCUUCUCAUGUCUGUGUUUGACAACAGCAUGAAAACGUUUGGGGUUAUUGAAAGCGACCCUUUUGACUGGGAGAAGAGUGGAACUGAUGGCUCUCUGACAACAACAACAACUUCAACCACCCCUCAGUUGCACACUCGUCUUACGCCGGCUGCAAUUGGAAUUGCCAAUGCCACUCCUAUCCCAGGAGAUUUGCUGCGGGAAAAUACAGAUGAAGUAUUCCCUGAUGAACAGCUCAGUGAUGGAGAGAAUGUUAUUCCUGUUGGUGUAUCACCAGAGAAAAUACCUGGAUCCCCUGGACAUCAGCGUCCUCAGGAAAAAGAUGUUUGGGAAGAAAUGGAUGCAAACAGAAACAAAAUAAAACUGGGGAUCUGUAAGGCUGCCACAGAGGAAGAAAACAGCCAUGGACCAGGGAAUGGAGUGCUAAAUGCCCCAAGUCUUGGUUCUCCAAUUCGAGUUCGCUCAGAGACCACCCAGUUAGACAGAGAUGUUCCACUGGUGCGAAAGUUGCGCUCCAUUCACAGCUUUGAACUGGAGAAGCGUAUGACCUUGGAGUCUAAGCCCGACACUGAUAAGUUUCUUGAGACCUGUUUGGAGAAGAAGCAGAAAGACUUGAAAGUGGCAGAGACUCCUGUUGCUGCUGUUCCUCCUCUUUCUCAGAAAACAUCUCUUCCUGCUCUUGCGACUGCCCGCACGGACCAUGUUUGGCACUAUGAUGAGGAGUAUCUUCCAGAUGCUUCAAAGCCUGUGUCAGCUAAUUCUCCUGACCAUGCUGAUGGUGUUAUGAGCAAUGGAUUUGUAGCUGUUAACCUAAGCUCCUGCAGGCAGGAGGUUGAUUCUAAGGAAUGGGUGAUAAUAGAUAAAGAACGGGACUUGCAGGACUUCAGGACAAAUGAGGCUUUAGGGCACAAAAUGACUGGAAGUCCCUCAGAUGAAGAACCAGAGGUACUACAAGUUCUAGAGGAGUCCCUUCCAGAAGAGCAGUCCAAAGAGGGUGGUUGGGCAGGAAACAAUGUCCAUGCCAAGAACCAAACUUCAGGUGUGGAGUUUGUUCUCGACAUGGAAUGUCAUCCUGCUGCAUCUGAACAGCUUACAGAUAAAUUGGAACUUCUGUCUGGAGCUGCAGGACAGCUUCUUGCAGCCACCCCUACAAGUCCUAUGGAAGCUCAAGCAGAAGGAGCACUCACUCCGAUAACAAUACCCAGACCUUCAGUGGCAUCCACACAGUCUGCUUCAGAGAGCUUUCACUAUGGCCACCAGCUGGAGAGAAGAGAGCAGGAUGGUCAGUCUGUGGAACAUACCGUGGAACUUUCCUCUCCAAAGGAAAGUUUGCCAGGUUUGGUUGGGACAGAGGAUGCACUUCCAGCUAGUGCGAACAGACCAGAUUUGGUACUUAAUAUUAGCCAAGAGGUGCUUGACAGGGGAGGACUUGUCAAAGAAUCUGUCCUGGAUUGUGUCCAGAAGGACCUACCUGAACACAAUGGGAUACAGGAAGAGAAAGAGCUUGGAAAUAUUCCUGUGGAGGAGGCUGAGGAAGAAGGGCUCCCACUGGUUUCUGAGGAUGGCAUUGAAAUGCUAAGCAAAGAACAGAAUUCUUUGCCAGGAAACUCAAAAUCUGCAGAGGAAGAACCUCCAACAAAUACUGAAGCAGCUCAAGAAUCAAAGUCAAGGCCUGUCUGUUUGGUGCCAAAUCAAGAUGAGGUUCUGAAGUCAAUAGCACCUAAAACAUCAGAAUUGUCUCCCUCAAGACUGAAUAAUGCACAUGUUAAUAGACAGGGAAGCAAAAUAGCAACCAUUCAGGAAAAUGGUUUUCAUUCGGAUAAGGAGGAAGUCCAUAGCCAAGACCUGAAAUGCCACCAAGUGGCCCUUACUACUAUUUUGCAGCAGGAGAAUAAAAAAGAGAAAAAUGCUCCCAGAAAUGGAGAGUUAUUCCAUUGCAUUUCAGAAAAUGAGAGUUCUUAUCGAUCUAAGAAGGACUCCGUUAAAUCUUCUUUUGUAUUCAGGCAGAGUCGAAUCCCAGUUUUAGCACAAGAGAUAGACUCAAUGUCAGAUUCCUCUUCUGUUUCUGCAAAGGAAAAGCUUCUUCUAAAAAAGGCCCAUCAGACAGACUUGGUCAAAUUACUUAUGGAAAAGAGACAGCUCAAAUCUUUCCUUGGUGACCUCUCAAGUGCCUCUGAUAAGUCACUGGAGGAAAAAAUGGCUGCUGCUCCAGUACCGUUUUCUGAGGAUGAUGUCUUAGCUUCGUUUUCUAAAUUGACAUUGGACUCUCAUUUCAGCAAGCAGAAUGAAGAUAGCUCUUUAUCUCCAAGCAGCCCUCAGUCCAGAAAAAGCAAGAUUCCAAGACCAGUGUCUUGGGCAACCUCUGAUCAAGUUACCAGUUCAAGUUCAGCUCAGUUCUUUCCUCGGCCACCACCAGGAAAACCGCCUACUAGACCUGGGGUAGAAGCUAGGUUGCGCAGAUACAGAGUCCUAGGCAGUAGCAGCUCGGACUCAGAUCUUAUCUCUCGUCUGGCUCAAAUCCUGCAGAAUGGAUCUCAAAGACCAAGGAGUUCUACCCAGUGUAAGAGUCCAGGAUCUCCUCAUAGUCCAAAAACGCCACCCAAGAGCCCUGUCAUCCCCCGCCGCAGUCCCAGUGCCUCCCCUAGGAGCUCUUCUUUACCCCGUACUGCCAGUUCUUCUCCGUCCCGGGCUGGGAGAUCCCAUCAUGAUCAGAGGAGUUCAUCCCCACAUUUUGGGAGGAGUAAAUCACCUCCUAGCCAUUCAGGCUCUUCAUCUUCUAGGAGGUCCUGCCAACAAGAGCACUGCUGCAACAAAACGAGCAAGAAUGGUCUGAAAGGAUCUGGCAGUUCUUUCCACCAUUCCCCUAACACUAAGACUUCCACAGGAAAGAGCAAAUCAACUACUAAGCUUAGCAGAUAGGAACUGGGUCUUGACAGGUAUAAAAUCUCCUCCUAAAUCUGAUGCAUGUUGUGUCUGUGUACUGUGUAUUUAAAAAAAUAAUCAAAAAAAAGUAUAUUAAAAAAAGGUGUUGAAUCUGCACAUUUUAAAGAAAGUAGCCAUUGUAAACUAUUCAUGAGAAAGCAUUCUGUGUAAAUAAGUGGCCAGGCUUUGCCUUAGAGCAGGCAGCAAGCAGAUCCACGAAAUGGGAAGUAGAGGCCAGGGUAAGAAUGGCUGGGUAGUCAAAGAGGUGCAAUGUAUUUAGAGUGAAAAAGUAUCUUGAAGGUGAGUGUUUUAAAAUGGUAUUAAUCUCGAUCUGUUUAGUUUCCCUAGUUAGAAGAUUGGGCCUAAUUAUUUAAGGCCUUGCAUACUCGAGGAGUAUGUAAGAAAGCCUGAAACAGUCAUUCCCAAAAUUAUGUCGCUACUUGGGAGAUAAGUACUGCUCAAGCAUUUCUUUGUAGUUUUAAAAAAGCACACACUUUAGAAGAUGAUAUUUCUGCCUUAUAAAUUUCUUCCAUUUUGAGCUGCACUCACCUCUGAGUCACUGAGUGCUUAUUUUGUCCCCUAUUAUGGCACAGAUUUCUUACCUAAGUAUCAUAUACCUUACCUCUUCUUGACACUGAUGAAAUUUAAAAAAAUCAAUAUUUGACAAGAUGUUUUUGUACCAAUAUUAUUUAGAGAUUUGCUUAGCAGUAAUUAGGAUCCAAGAAGCUGGUUUUCAGUUCUAUAUCAUACAGUUUUUUGGGAGUCAUAGUGGGGUUUUUCAAACCACAUUUGAUAGGAUUUGGAAAAGCAUUUCCUCCUAGGAAAUAAGAGAAAGGAGUAGAUAUAUGCCCUUCACUGGAUAUUGUAGAUUUACAGUAAAAUGCAAUAUAAGUUAGAAAUUAAGAACCUUUCUUUACCCCCUUAAUUCAAAUGAAAAAAGAGCCUUUGUUAUUGCUGACUUUUUUUCCCAUUAUUUAUGGAUCACUUUAACCACAGAUCUUGCAAUGUAGAGAUGAUGACCAAUCAAGUUUUGUUUUUUUGGUCAUUUGUUUUCUAAAAUUAUGAAAGAUGAAACAGAGAUGAGGAAAUUAUCUACUUUAGGAACGUGAUAGGUUAGGGGUGAUGGAAAUACACUUAACACCCUUACAAAAUCUGGGUAAGAAUAUUAAUCAUCAAAGCAAAAUAUACAGAAAGAAAUCUGAGAUAUUUUCAUAUCGGAUUAUUGUAAUUCAGUUUCCCAAAUGUGUUUUUGAUAGAGAAGCCUUGUUCACUCUCAGUAAAGUCCAUGGUGUUUAAUUCCUCCAGUUUUAUUAGGUAGUUACUCAGUAACAUCUUGUGCUCUGCAGGAACCCUGUAGGGAAUGAAAGGUGUGGCACCUUUUGCUAUGUUCAUAAAGGCAUAGUGGGUCAGAAUACGGACAGACAAGAACACAAGCCUGAGAAAGAUGCAGCCAGCUCUCCUCCCUAAUGAUUCCUGUUGUGGGGACUCUGGAAGCAUAGGAGACUUGUCAAUUACUGAUCUGCUUGCUGUAGUCAUAUGCCUCUCCAGCCAGCAUCUGUGUUUUUUUAUUUAACCUCUGCCAAAUGAAUAUUUUUGGAUUUAAAAGGGAAUAUUUUGUCUCUGAGCUAACACAUUCUAAUGCUGCAUUAAAGCUGCCCUAGAGCUGCACUGAAUUUCACUUGCUUUGUCAGACUAUGUUGAUUUUUUCCUUUUCUUAUUAUGUAUAUUGUUUCCCAUAUGUAAUGUAGCACAGUGUGGAACCUUAAUUUCAUUCAGGUUUCAAGCACUACAGAUGAAUGCAAUAGGUAGGGUAUACCUGCUUUUUCUGAAGAAACUGUACCAUUGCAAAGUCCUAUUCCUUUGUAUUAUAAUGUAUAAUAGGUGCUAUACCAAUAAUUGCAUGUCCUCAUGGUAAAUUAUAUAAUAUAAAUAUUUAUAUAUACAUAUAUGUAUAUGCUUAUAGAAACUCAUUCUUUCUCAUUUUUCAUUUGUAAUUUAUGGACUACAAAUAGUACAGUUCCCUUUCUGUUAGCUCCUGUAUACUUACCUCUUCUAUUCUCCCCUGCACCCCUGCCAAAAAAAUCUGGAAUGCACAAAUUCUAAUAGCCUUUAUACCUUGGUACAAAAUUGAAGGACUGCUGAUUUCUCAACCAGCCAAUGUUUUGUGUUGCAGCUUGGGGUUUUUUUUUUUAUUUCUAAUUUCAUGUGCACAUUUGCAUAUGGAACAAGAACAAAGACUCAAAAGGUAUUUUUGUUUUUUAUUACAAAUAGGUCUUGCUCAUUUUUAUUUCAUUAUGUGAGUUCUAAAUUGUGAAUACUUGUCAUAUAGGAACAGUGACAGUCUAUGAAUACCUAAUGGUUGAAUGUGACAACAACAAAUUCCAUUUUUUCUUUCCUGUUUUCUACAUGUUUCCUUAUGGUAUACCAUAAAAAAGAAUUUGGUCACAUUGUGAUGUUUUUGUCCUGGGCACUUGCUGGAAUUAUUUGUUAAGGUGGUGUGGCAGCAUAUGAUUAUUUUUCCUUAUUUCUGAAAAGCAUUUAUUAUCAUCAUGUAAGUUUAUUCCUAUGUUACAUUGUCAGUUUUCAUAAGUACUAACUUUUUGCAUCCUUGCCUAAAAAUGCUGAAGUUGAGGUGUUUAUAUUUUUUCUCUAGUGUAACAGCAUCCAGAAAUGGUAACUGCUCUACAGGUGAGAAAGCACAUAACACCUCUGUUAUGUUGUCUUCAAAGUACAGGCUUGUCCAUUGUUUAACAUUACUAUGUAAAAUAAACCAAUGCUGUAGAAAUUCA